AUGCCAGAAUCUACUACAGAGAUACCAACACCUCAGGCUACAAUGAUAUCAACACCUGAAGCUACCACGAAUCUACUAACACCUGAAUCUACCACAAACAAUGCAAUACAUGAUUCUACUGCAAGGAUAAAUACAGACGGAUUCUCCACAGGUAUAACAACAUCUGAUUCAACACAAUGGAUAACAAACUUAGAAUCUACCGCAGCAACUACAUUAACCGAGUCUUCCAUAGAGAUGACAUCACUUGAAGCUACACCAAUGAUGACUGUGCAAGAAACUAUGUCAACAUUAGCAACUCCUGAAUCUAACUCUGGAACAAAAACAGCACCUGAAUCUACUGUAGAAAUGUCAUCAAUUGAAACUACCACUGAUAUAACAAAACUUGACUCAUCUAUACAAACUGAAUCUAUUACAGGAAUAAUGACACUACCGCCCACCAGUCAUAUAACUAUGCCAGAAUCUAAUACAGAGAUACCAACACCUCAGGCUACAAUGACAGCAACACCUGAAGCUACCACAAAUCUACUAACACUUGAAUCUACCACAGUGAUUACAAUAUCUGAUUCUACUACAAUAAUUGCUACGGAUGAAACAUCCACAGAUAUAACAUCUGAUUCAACAAAUUGGAUAACAUUGCCCGGAAUCUACCACAGCAACAACAGCACUUGA